UGACGUUUCAUUAACCUUAUCGCAGAAUUUUGUUUACAAUUUUAUUUCCUGUUAAAACAAGAAGAAAUGGCAUUCAACAGUUUUCUCGACUUUUUUCAGAAAGGAAAGACUUUCAGGCCAAAAAAGAAAUUUGCUCACGGCACAAUUCGUUACAGUUUAUAUAAACAAGCUCAAGCUAGUCUAAAUUCUGGAAUAAAUCUAAGAGCUGCCGUAAAGUUACCACAAGGUGAAGACACAAAUGACUGGAUCGCUGUGCACGUUGUGGACUUUUUCAAUCGAAUAAAUUUAAUUUAUGGAACAAUUUCGGAGUACUGCACAGAACAAACCUGCCCCACGAUGUCCGGUGGACCGCGGUUCGAGUACUUAUGGGCGGACGGUGAUAAAUUUAAAAAGCCGACCCCGCUACCGGCCAGGGAAUACAUCAGUCACCUGAUGGAUUGGAUUGAAAUGCAAAUAAACAACCAGGAUUUGUUCCCCUGCACUAGUGACAAACCGUUUCCUAAGAACUUCUCCAACCACUGCAGUAAGAUACUAGCGAGACUGCACAGGGUGUUUGUUCAUGUCUAUAUACACCAUUUCCAUAAUGUCGUGGCUAUUGCUGCGGAGGCUCAUGUGAACACUUGUUACAAGCACUUUUACUACUUCGUUACUGAGUUUGAUCUAGUCAGCCAGAAGGAAUUAGAACCGUUGUCCGAGAUGGCGAUGAAGAUAUGUAAAGAUCCGCCAGUAUAACUUAAUUUGUUUGUUAUUUUUUUCUCUAUUAACGCUCACUUGGUGGGUUAAUGUUUUCCUUUCCUAAACUAAUGUAGUUAGUCUGAAGAUUCAAUUAACUACUAAUAAGGGCAUUUUUGAAGUAGUUUAAACCUCACAAAAGACGCCUUUAACCCAAUACAAUAUCAUGAAGUACCUACAUGUACUAAAUUUUCUAUUCCUACAUUAUUGUUAAUAAAAAUAUAUAUAUAUUAACCAGUUGGUUUAAGAAUUAUUGAGUAAAUAUUGUUUGUAUAGUAAAUUCAAUUUUUCUUUAAUAGAGUUCCACGAUAUCGACAUAUACGUAAAAUAUUUAUAAAAUAUGCAUUAUAGGUGCUUGUAAAUUGUUUUCUUUAUACGUUUUUUGUGUAUAAUUUUUGUCUCGAAUUGUUUACAGAUAUUUAUUUUUUUAGACUAUUUAUAAGUCUUUAAUUUAUACCAAAUAUUAACUUCGAUUUCAUCGGGUAUUAUGUUACAUUAUUAGCUUUAAGUAUUAAAAUAUUUAUUGUGUCUCGGCAAAUAUAAAUGUCACUGCUUUAUUUCAAAUGUUUGUAAAAAAUUAAAUAAACCUAGCAAGAAAA